AACUUUUCUCUCUGACACAAAACAAUCAUCGUCAGUGCAACAUAAAAGUUUACGCAACCAGUGUCUCAGCUGGUAUCUCCUCUUCUUGAAUUUCAUUGUGAACGUGGCACUGAAUUAUUUAAUUUAAAAGAUAAUUAUUAUCGUAUCAAAAUCGAAUCGUUUUUUUUUUGGAAACCGAGACUUGUGACGUAUUUUAUGGAACUACUGACCAAGGAGUCAAGGAGUCUUUCACAACAUAGUACCACCGGAUCACAUUUUUGAUGGAAUACCAUUUGCCAAAAGGAAAUUACGAAUUUUAAUAAUGGAUCAACAGCAGCAAGAUGUUCAAGAGCGUCGGGGGGAGGAGAGGGAGACGGAUUAUCUCAUCAGUAGUAACACUCGACCUCAGAGUCAAAAUCGACGUCCAUACUAUUACAGUCCAUACGGAUUAGUGGAGGAUGUCAAUACGAGUACAGCCAUUAACAGCAAUAGCAUGGACACUUGGUCGGAGAGGGCUAAUUAUAGCAGAUAUCUAUUUUAUAGCCGUUUGAGAAGAGAAACUCUGGAUCCAGGGAAUGAAUUAUUGUUGAUCCCCCCACAUGUUGUGCCCCCUGGGUUCUAUUAUCCCCCCUUUCUUAAAACGAGUGAUGGGAAGCAGAACUCAAUAGUGACAAUCUUCACUGUAUGGAACACUAUGACAGGCACUAGUAUGCUUUCCAUGCCAUGGGCGAUGGAACGAGCUGGACUAAUACCUGCCGUCGUGUUGCUAAUUGGAAUGGCUGCUAUAAGUUUUUAUACGGCGUACAGAAUUCUAGAAGUAUUCGAAAACAAUGAAAGUUCAAAAAUUCAAGAUUUUGCAGUUCUAUGCAAAAGACUUUUAGGACGAUGGUCUCAAAUUUUAGCGUUAAUAUUUUCGGUGCUGACUCUUUUAGGAGCGACAAUUGUUUAUUGGGUACUUAUGAGUAAUUUCCUUUAUCACACGGUUGACUUUCUCCAUUCGGCUAUUACGUCGGACUCGCCUUCUUUUUCUAGCAAUGCAUCAGAGAUUUACUGUCCGGACAAUGUAACGAUGAUUCAGGGUGCGGAUGAGACGGACACGUUUCAUAAAAUUUGGGAUCUCCACCGAACCGUCCCAUUGUUGUUGAUUCUUAUUUUGGGUCCAAUAAUUUGUGUUCGUUCUCCAACAUUUUUUUCAAAAUUUAAUUCUUUAGGGACGCUGUCGAUCGUGUAUAUCAUGGUAUUCAUGUUUGUAAAACUUGGAAAACACGGAUUAAACAUCUCUCUCUCUGAUAUUAAUAGUCCUUCUUAUAUACCUUUGUACAAGCCCAACUUCCCUGCACUGGGUGGUCUGCUUGGUUUAUCGUAUUUUAUACACAAUUGUAUAACAACAAUAAUGAGAAACAACAGGAAUCAAAGAAAUAAUAAAAGGGACCUCGGCAUCUCAUUUCUCUUCGUGGCAUUAACCUACUUCCUCAUUGGAGGACUUUUUUACAUAAUAUUUCCAUUGGACAAAGCCUGCAUUCAAGAUAAUUUUUUAAACAACUUCCGAUCCUUUGAUGCUUGGACAUUUGCAGCACGUAUUUUCCUAUUUUUUCAAAUUCUAACGGUUUAUCCACUCCUGGUGUACAUCCUCCGAGUACAACUUGUGUACUCAAUCACGAAGCAGGAACCAACAAUUUUGCAAACUCUGGGAAGUAAUGUGGUUGUUGUGGGCAUUUGCAUAAGCUUUGCAAUUUGGUUGCCACAGAUUGGAACUAUCAUUAGGUUCACCGGAGCGGCUUGCGGACUCGUCUACUCCUUUUUUCUCCCAGUUGCCCUCUAUUUAGUCUGGCAAAGAAAUCUAAACUCUCUCUCAAAGAAGAACAUUGUCCUUCAUGGCAUCCUGUUCAGCUUGGGCUUGGCUAACUUUAUAGCUCAGUUUCUCGUGUCUCCGUAAAAUUAAUGUUCAAAACUAUGCCAAGUUGCAUAAUAUCGAUCCGUUUUUUUUACUAUUUUGUUCGUUGUUUAAUUAUGACUGAUUAAUAUUUAUAUAUAUGUAUCAACAUAUAUUAUAAUUGUUUGGCAAUUAUUAUUACAUAUGCAAGGUGAGAUAUUAGUCGUGCUCAUCUCAUUUGUAUAUGUGCUCCAGUUUAUUGUGAUAUCUGCGUACAAUUUUCUAAUUUUAUAAGAAUGAUUACGUUAUAUGUAUGACAUUGGUCAAUGAAAUUCAAUUUUGACAGUCGAUACAAAAUAAAUAUACAUGAAAUAAUA